AUGGGGUCCGGCCACCGCUGCUCCGCCGGGGCGGCGCUGCUGCCGCUGCUGCUGCUCCUCCUCCAGGGACAGGUCCACGCCGCCGGGCUGCUCCUGCCCGAUGUGGAUGAGUGUGCCCAAGGGACUGAUGACUGUCAUCCAGAUGCUAUUUGUCAAAACAUUCCAAAGCUGUACAAGUGCACAUGCAAACUGGGUUACAGUGGUGAAGGGAAAAUGUGUGAAGACAUUGAUGAAUGUGAUAACGACUUCAAUGGAGGCUGCGUACAUGAAUGUUUCAACAUUCCAGGCAAUUAUCGCUGUACUUGUUAUGAUGGCUUCAUGUUGGCUCACGAUGGCCAUAAUUGUCUCGAUACGGAUGAAUGUAUGUUCAACAACGGUGGUUGCCAGCACCUGUGUGUCAAUACCAUGGGGAGCUAUGAGUGUCGUUGUAAGGCAGGGUUCUUCCUGAGUGACAACCAGCACACGUGCAUUCACCAUUCCGAAGAUGGCAUGAGCUGCAUGAAUAAAGACCAUGGCUGUGCCCAUAUCUGCAGAGAAGCACCGAAAGGAGGAGUGGCAUGUGAAUGCAGACCUGGAUUUGAACUGGCCAGGAACCAGAGGGACUGCAUUUUGACGUGCAAUCAUGGGAAUGGUGGGUGUCAGCAUACAUGUGAGGAUGCUGAUGAUGGGCCCAUUUGUGGAUGUCACCCAAAGUACACAGUGCACUCGGAUGGGAAAACCUGCCUUGAGAGAGAGGAGGCUGUAGCUGAGAUCUCUGAGAGCAAUGCCACAGCAGGAGCGGAUGUGGACAAGCGAGUAAAGCGGCGGCUGAUCAUGGAAACAUGCGCUGUAAAUAAUGGUGGCUGCGACCGCACUUGCAAAGACACCUCGACUGGAGUUCAUUGCAGCUGUCCCGUCGGAUUUACACUCCAGUUUGAUGGGAAGACAUGUAAAGAUAUUGAUGAAUGCCAGGCCAGCAAUGGAGGCUGUGAUCAUUUUUGUAAAAACACUGUCGGCAGUUUUGAUUGCAGCUGCAAAAAAGGAUUUAAAUUAUUGACAGAUGAGAAGUCUUGUCAAGACAUUGAUGAAUGUUCUUUUGAAAGGACAUGUGACCAUACGUGCAUCAAUCAUCCAGGCUCUUUUGAGUGUAGUUGUAACAAAGGAUACAUUCUCUAUGGCUUCACACAUUGUGGAGAUAUUAACGAAUGUAGCAUCAACAAUGGAGGCUGCCAGCAGACCUGUGUGAACACACUGGGGGAUUAUGAAUGUCAGUGUCAUUCCAGCCACAAAUUACACUGGAAUAAAAAGGACUGUGUCGCUAGCUGCAGUGUUGGAACAUACUAUGAUGGGGAACAAGAACUCUGUGUUUUAUGCCCUAAUGGAACAUACCAAGAUGAGGAAGGACAAAUAACUUGUCAACCUUGCCCAAGUCCUCAGAACCCAGGAAACCAAAAAUUAACUGGAGCUCGUGGUAUAUCUGAAUGUGGAGAUCAGUGCUCACUGGGUGAAUAUUCCUCUGAUGGCUUCAAGCCCUGUCUGCCAUGUCCCUUUGGAACAUACCAACCUGAAGCUGGCCGGACAUCCUGCUUUCCAUGUGGAGGAGGUCUGACAACAAAAUACAUCAGUGCAUCAAUGUUUCAGGACUGCGAGACGAAAGUUCAAUGUUCACCUGGUCAUUUUUAUAACACUACAACUCACCGGUGUAUUCGCUGCACAGUUGGGACCUACCAACCUGAGUUUGGUCAAAAUUAUUGUAUUUCAUGCCCUGGAAACACCACUACUGAUUUUGAUGGAUCAACAAACAUAACCCAGUGUAAAAAUAGACACUGUGGAGGUGAACUUGGAGAUUUUACUGGAUACGUUGAAUCCCCAAACUAUCCUGGGAAUUACCCUGCGAACAUUGAAUGUACGUGGACUAUAAAUCCACCUCCUAAGCGCCGCAUUCUGAUUGUGGUUCCAGAAAUAUUUCUGCCAAUAGAAGAUGAAUGUGGAGACUACCUGGUGAUGCGAAAAAGUUCUUCCUCCAAUUCUGUGACCACAUAUGAAACCUGCCAAACCUACGAACGCCCUAUAGCUUUCACAUCUAGGUCUAAAAAACUGUGGAUCCAGUUCAAGUCGAAUGAAGGGAAUAGUGCCAAAGGAUUCCAGGUGCCUUAUGUAACAUACGAUGAGGAUUACCAGGAGCUAAUAGAAGACAUAGUUCGGGAUGGUAGACUCUAUGCAUCUGAAAAUCAUCAAGAGAUACUUAAGGAUAAGAAGCUGAUAAAGGCGUUGUUUGAUGUCUUGGCACAUCCGCAGAACUACUUCAAGUACACAGCACAAGAGUCUAGAGAGAUGUUCCCACGAUCCUUUAUUCGACUGCUGCGCUCUAAAGUUUCCAGAUUUUUGAGACCUUACAAAUAACCGGUCCUACAUUUUGAACACUAAACAGCCCCUAACGUUGCGGCAGAGCAUUGUGAUGGGUGGAGCUGUGUCUGAGUGUUUUGCACACUGGCAGAGAGACUGUAGGGAAGCUCUCCAAUUAGCUCUUUUGCAGAGUUUGGCUUUCACAGCUAAUAUAAAUGUUUUUGGCAAACAGAAUUUUGAUUCCUUUCCAGAUGAUCCCUUUCGGGUCACAAGAUGCUCUCCGGAUUAAGUGUCUGUUGGAUUAGAGACUGGGAAUGUUUUCUGUAAUCAAAUGAUGCCAGGCAUGAUAUCUUCAGAGCUCUGCCCUCUUGCUGCAUCAGUAACACAAAAGCUAAUAAAUGUGGACGUGCUAAGUACUGCCGUGUGGCUCUGGGCUGUAAUUAAGGCUUGUCACCUCCAGAAAGCUGCACUCACAUUCAGUCUGUCUGAAAGUGAAAACAAGUUUGAUGUCCCUCUCAAACCUUCAUGGACAGGAAAUUCAGAGCAGAGGUUGAAAUGGUCUUAACCCAAACCAGUGAAUCCAAGUUUUGCACAACAUGUGAUUUUCUCUCUCUGUCUCAUACUAGGUACAGUACCUAUGCAUGGCAAAGUAAACUAAGGAUGAAAUUUCAGCCUGAACUCUAUGGACCAGAUUUACCACUGCAUUGCUCCAGUUUCUGCUGAUGUGUCUCUUUUGAUUUCAGUGAUAAUAUUAGAGUAAACUGGGAGUACCGCAAUGAUGAAUCAGACCUUGAUCAAACUGAUCCACCAGCCAAUAUGGGUGCAACAGCUCCUGGAGUCCUGAGUUUGAAGAAGUGGCAGAGUGGCUAUGUAACUUCUCUCUGCCAGAUCCCAGUAUAUUUCCCGUUCCACACAGCCCCUAUUCUUAGGUUUUGCUUUGGCCCUUUGAAAAUGGAGAGUUAUGAAUGUUUAUAUAUGGGCAACUGCAGAUUAACUCCCAAAUCCCAUUUUAAAUAUUCACUUCUACAUUAACCUCUCACACAUCACUGUUACAUCUUUCUGUGUCCCCCAUUACCAUAGUAAUGGGCACCUC